AUGCAUAUCGAAGGCGAAUACAGUGGUGGUGCAGUGGAGAGAGGCGAAUCCGCGGCAGAUCUGCGUUUUGAGGGCGCAGGGACGAAGCAUUUGGUCGGAAAUAGGGGCGGUCUUCGGUGGCUGUCGCUGAUGCGGCAGGUGGAGGACGUCAUUGUUGGCUGGACGACGAGACUGGACUGGUGGUUCCCGCGGAGGUCUUCUAUGCAGUACGGUGGAAUUAAGGAGGAUCGAGACGCGACGGCGACAAGCAGUGGUUCUGUGCAUGGUGGUCGUUGCAAUCCGGAGCUUCCAAUUUUAUUUCUUCUCUUGAGUUUGUUGUUAUUGAUUCUUGCAAGUUGUGUUGAUAAUUGUUUGUUUUUGAAUUAUUUGUGUUCAAUUUGUUUCUUUGAAGGCCUGCCCCUAAUCUUUAGGGUCUGA